CUGGCCAGCGCCCCACGCCAAACCAUCUCGCCUCGCGAUAAAUCGACCCUUUGCUGUCCAUAACCUCGUUUCCCCAUUUCGAACGCCGGGCCUGCGAUUGUUAGUGCGGCAACCCGCUGACUUUGUCUUUCAUCUACAUUCUACUCCAGCUUGAUCCAAGACGUUGCAAUUGUGCUACAGCCUUCAAUAUGGAUGCGCCGGAGCCCGAACAGACCCCUUUCGCGGCUGUUACAGCCCACACCACCAGGAUCCAGAGACAAUACCAAGCGAUUCUGGACCAGUCAACUCCGUAUGUCAUGUACCGAUGGAUCGGCACUGCCGUGGCCUUGCUUCUCUUCUUCCUGCGCAUUUUCGUCGCGCAAGGAUGGUACAUUGUCGCAUACGCCCUUGGAAUCUACCUCUUGAACCUUUUCCUGGCCUUCCUUCAGCCCAAGUUCGACCCCUCGAGCGAUGCCCUGGAUAGCGAAAUGGAGGAUGGCUCUGUUGGAACCCUCCCCACCAAGCAAGACGAGGAAUUCAAGCCCUUCAUCAGACGCCUCCCCGAGUUCAAGUUCUGGUACUGGGCCACGAGAGCCAUCGGCAUCUCCUUUGUCUGCACUUGGUUCGCCAUCUUUGACGUUCCCGUGUUCUGGCCCGUCUUGGUCAUGUAUUGGUUGAUCCUCUUUGUCCUCACGAUGCGCCGCCAGAUCCAACACAUGAUCAAGUAUCGCUACGUCCCCUUUACCAUUGGCAAGAAGUCCUACGCCAAGGACCGAUCGUAAGCAGACUCGCCAAUAACCGCGUGGAGACGAAGUCUCUGUCCCGGGGACUCGAAAUGAAUACUGGGAAUGCAGAUUUAUUUCAAAUUGGUUGGCUUGAGCCGUGUGUGACAGAUUGCAGCUGCCUACGGGCACGUAUCAAUGCGCCUUUGUGGGCUCAUGUAAAAGAUGCAUGUGCGGCGAAUGACGGGUCUUUGAAGGAGAAUUUUCCUUAUUUAUAAAAGCAGCAAACGAGGGCCUGUCAUUGAAUCCUUAAAAGGCGUAGACGGAUGGGUUAGACUACGGAUGACUGAUACGAAACCGCAUGGGAACCAGGUUGUGGAGACGAAACUCUCAUAGAGAGCUAGCUACCUAUACUUAAUUUAAUGAAAUAGUUUUGUACGCCUAGCUGAUGGGC